GCGUAUUGCUGACUCCGCCGUCGACGAUGAUGUCGAUCACUACGCAAUCGGCGCCUCCGACGAUGUCAACAACGAAGCUGAAUCCGUCGCCUUCAUCGGUUCUUGCUCCCCCUCCGUCGAUUUUGUUGCCAGAGUUUGAGAAGAUCGGAUCUACUUGGGAUUUGGUGAUGGCGUUUGCGCCUGAUGAUGGGAUGGAGGAAGGGAGGAGGAGGUGUUUUGAGUCUGAGGAGGAGGACGAGAGGUUGAGGUUGAGGGGAGAGAUUUCGGAGGAUGUUACAUCCACAUCCUAUGAUGACGAUUCAUCGAGCACAACGACAGAGGGUUUGUUUGUCAUUUCUCCAAAUGGGAGAUUCAACAGAAUUAUUAGAGCUUGGCAGAAGGGGCAGCUUCUUGGGAGUGGCUCAUUCGGGACGGUAUAUGAGGGGAUUAGCGAGGAUGGUUUCUUCUUUGCUGUUAAAGAAGUAUCUUUAGUUGACCAGGGAAUUGAUGCCCAGGAGUGCAUUCUUCAACUUGAGCAGGAGAUUGCACUCUUAAGCCAGUUUGAACAUGAAAACAUUGUUCGGUAUUAUGGGACAGACAAGGAACUCGCAAAACUGUUCAUUUUCCUUGAGCUUGUCACACAAGGUUCUCUAGCAUCUCUGUACCAAAAGUAUCAUCUUCGAGAUAGCCAAGUCUCUUCAUACACCCGUCAGAUCUUAAAGGGUUUAAAUUAUCUUCAUGAGAAAAAUGUAGUUCACAGAUUUACGCAAUGAAGGGCUGCAGGCCAAUAUUUCGAUGAUCAUAUGAAGCGACAGCUAUUAAUUGUCCCUCUUAUGUAACUGGAUCUGUAGUUGACAACCGGACAUUGUUGGUU